UCGUGGAUCUGCCUCGUGUGUAAAGUAUCGUUCUGUAGCGGACCCCGCCCCUUAUUUAAUUACUAAAUAGUUUCGCUGCGGGGUUGCUAUAGUGACGGCCGGUGACUCCGCCCACACUCGGCUGGUCGCGUUUGCGUGGCGUUGUUUGAUUCAUCCUCGAUCUGCGCGAGUCUCUCAUUUGCGAAGUUGGAUCCGAAUCGCGGAGUUUGUCCUUCAUUCUGCGCACGAUGUCCAGGCGAAGCUCGCUGCUAGUGCCGAUGAAGAGCAUCGAGCGGGAGCUGAUCUGCCCCAUCUGUGAGGAGCUCUUCACACAGCCGCUGGUGCUGCCCUGCCAGCACAGUGUGUGCCACCGCUGCGUCCGAGAGCUGCUCAUGCCCAACCACGACGAUUCUCUGAGCACCGACGCCGGAUCCGAGAGCUCCAACCCGGGCAGCCCUCGCGCCAGAGUCCCGUCCCCCAGCAUGGAGAAGCUGGAGCGCCUGGUGCGAUCAGUUUUCCCCAAGAAAUGUGAUGCUGUUUUCAUGUUCAUACAGUCAUUGGUUGUGAAUCAGGUUUCACUCCACUUCUGUUCACGUUUAACCAUUGUUAGUCUUGUUUCACUGUUCUCUGUUGCCUGCAGCCUCGCUGAGGAGGUCGUUUGGAGCGAGAGGUGUCCGCCCGUUCAGGAGGCCACCAAGAGCUGCAUGGACUGCAAAGCCAGCUUCUGCAACGAGUGCUUCAAGAUGAACCACCCCUGGGGAACGCCCAAAGCCCAGCACGAGUAUGUGGGACCCACCACCAACUUCAGACCGAAGGUGCUCAUGUGUCCCGAGCACGAGAUGGAGAAGGUCAACAUGUACUGUGAGGUGUGCCGGCGUCCUGUGUGUCAUCUGUGCAAGCUCGGCGGAUCUCACGCUAAUCACAGAGUCACUUCCAUGAGCAGCGCCUACAAGAUCCUCAAGGAGAAGCUAUCGAAGAGUAUCCAUUACUUAAUUAGCAAAGAAGACCAAGUGAGGACUCAGAUUUCUGAGCUGGAGGAGAUGAUGCGUCACACAGAGGAGAACGGGCAGCUCGCCGAGAGACGCGCCAGCGAACACUUCGAGCAUCUCUUCGAGACGCUUCAGGAGCGGAGGACGGAGAUGCUGCGCUCCAUCGAGCAGAGCCGGAGUCUGCGGGUGGAGCGUCUGCGGGUGCAGGUGGAGGAGUACCAGGGCAUGCUGGAGAACAGUGGCCUUGUGGGAUAUGCUCAAGAGGUGCUGAAGGAGACGGAUCAGUCCUGCUUCGUCCAGACGGCCAAACUGCUGCACGUCAGGAUUCAGAAAGCCACCGAGUCUCUGAAGAUGUUCCAGCCGGCGGCGACGCAGUCGUUUGAGGAGUUUGUGCUGGACACGUCGAAGGAGGAGCUCUUACUGAAGGAGCUGAGCUUCAGCGGCGUUCCUGCGCCUCCAGUGAUCGAUCUCUCUCGCUGCCGCGUUUAUAACGAGGGUCUGAUCCACUGGCGUCUGUCUGAAGACUCUCUGCCCACCGAUCAUCACAUUGUGGAGUUCAGGAAGCUGGGAUCUGAGGAGGAGCAGGAGUCCGGCUGGAGCGCGAGCGAGCCUGUGUUCGGCUGCAGCACAGUGCUGUCUGACCUCAGCGCAGACUCCAGCUACACCUUCAGAGUCAAGAGCUGCAGGAACAGAGUCUACAGCCCCAGCAGCCCCGAGGUGACCCUCCACACGCCUCCAGCACCGGUGUUUGGCUUCCUGUUUAACGAGAAGUGUGGGUUCAGUGCGGAGCGGCUGCAGCUGAGCAAACGCAGGGACUCUGUGGAGAGCGUGGCGGGGAUGAGCUUGCUCUUAGCUGCGGAGCGCGUGCAGACGGGGAGCUACAUCUGUCUCGACUACAUCAUCGGUGACACGGGCAUCUCUCACGGACGCCAUUUCUGGGCUUUCCGUGUGCAGCCCGACUCCUAUAUGGUGAAAGUGGGAGUGGCUUCUGACUCCAAACUAACAGAGUGGUUUCACAACCCACGAGACACCAGCAGCCCCCGGUACGACCACGACAGCGGUCACGACAGCGGCAGCGAAGACGCCUGUUUCGAGGUUUCUCAGCCCUUCACGCUGCUCGCCGUGGGCAUGGGCCGGCUCUUCAUCCCCAAAGCGUCCGCCAGCGCUGCAGGGGAUCACAGCAGCCGAGUCCUGCCCAUGCCGCAGAGGAUCGGAGUCUGUCUGGACUAUGACGCCGCUCGCGUGUUCUUCUACGAUGCAGACACCAUGCGCUGUGUGUACGAGCGACCCGUGGACUGCUCCGGCACCAUGUUCCCUGCGUUCGGGUUCCUGGGCGGCGGCGCGGUUCAUCUGGAGGAGUUCAUCACGGCCAAGCGGCUCUCGUACCUGUGAGGUGUCUGCUAGCUCUGUUAACUCCGUCUCGUUCUCUUGAGUUCCUCGUCAUGUGGCUCGCCGCUCAAAUAUACAAGUCAGUCUGGUUUAAGAGCCGAGUCCGGUCUCGAGUGCCUUCAGUUUCACACCAUCAGGGUUCACGCAGGGCACCUUAAUACACCCAAAUCUAAUGCAAAGCCUCACCUCGUCACUUUCUGAAGAAUGUGCACUGAUACUGUUAAUUACUUGUCAUCGUUUACAUGCAGUUAAGUGAGCUUGAGAACAACAACGACAAGCGGUAUGAUUUAAACACCAGAAUUCACUACUAAACACAUGAUUGUGCACUAAUUAUUAUUAUUUUGUUAUAGCAGCACCUGUAAAACGUAGAAAUGUUUCAAAGUAAAUGAAAACAAAUGAAUCAGUCUGUCUU